AUGUUGCCUGUUUGUUUCUUGGAACAUAUUUCUACUUGUAAUGCCUUUAAUGUCCUAGCGGCAGUGGCCUGUGCCAGUCGGCGUGUAGUACAAGUAUUGCGCGCGGUCGUGACCGUCGCGUCCUCGACGCAGGGCGGCGCGCGCGCAGCGGCUGGGCCGGCCAAGUUUCAAUUAAUCGAAUUAUCCGUUAAAGCGGGCAAGGUGGUAUGCGGCGCGUGCGGCGGCAAGUGCAGCGGCGAGGUGCUGCGCGUGUCGGACAAGUACUUCCACAUGGCGUGCUUCACGUGCCGCACGUGCGCCGCGUCCCUCGCGCGCGGCGGCUUCUUCUGUAAGGACGGCCACUACUAUUGUCCGCAGGACUAUCAGCGCGCAUUCGGCACGCGCUGCGCGGCGUGCAACCAGUACGUGGAGGGCGAGGUGGUAUCCGCGCUCGGCAACACUUACCACCAGAAGUGCUUCACUUGUGCGAGAUGCAAACGCGCGUUUCCGUCGGGCGAGAAGGUGACGUACACGGGCAGCGAGGUGGUGUGCGCGGCGUGCACCAGCGUGCCGCAGAAGCACACGGCGCGCGCGGGGCGCUCGCCCGCCACGCCUGCGUCGCCGUCGCCGCCCGCCACGCCCGCGUCCGCGUCGCCCGCGUCACCCGCGCCGCCCGCGCCGCGCCCGUCGCGCCAGCCCGACCCUAACGAGUGCGCGGGGUGCGGGCAGGAGCUAUCGGAGGGCCAGGCGCUGGUGGCGCUGGAGCGGCAGUGGCACACCUGGUGCUUCGCGUGCGGCGAGUGCGGCGCCGUGCUGCAGGGCGAGUACAUGGGCCGCGCCGGCGUGCCCUACUGCGAGCGCGACUACCAGCGCCUCUACGGCGUGCGCUGCGCCUACUGCCAGCGGUACAUCUCUGGAAAGGUGCUGCAGGCGGGCGAGAACCACCACUUCCACCCUACGUGCGCGCGCUGCAGCAAGUGCGGCGACCCCUUCGGCGACGGCGAGGAGAUGUUCCUGCAGGGCGCCGCCAUCUGGCACCCGCGCUGCGGGCCCGCGCCGCACGCGCCGCUCGACCUCGAGCGCGCCUCCUCCGAGCUGCAGUUCUCGCUGCGCUCGCGCACGCCCAGCGUCAACGGCUCCUACUGCAGCCCCUACAGUAGCUUGACCAGGAAGUACGGGUACCGCGCGGUGUCGCCGGGGCUGGCGCUGCGCGAGUACCGGUCGCGUGAGGACACGUGCUCGCCGCACCGCAUCACCACGUACAGCUACCUGGCCGGCGAGCCCGCCACGCUGCGGCGCUGCGUGCAGCCCUGCGACCGCCCGCCCGCCUCGCCACACUUCCACCGCCCGCCCUCGGCCGCCUCGCGCGCGUCCUCGCGCGCCGCCAGCAAGGCGUCCUCGCGGCCCGGCAUGCGCGCGCUCGUGGACUCCAUCCGCUCCGAGACGCCGCGGCCCAAGUCGCCGCGCAUGAACAACGAGGAGCCCAUCGAGCUGUCGCACUACCCGUCCGCGUACAAGCCGCCGCCGGGCGCGCAGCCGCGCAUCGAGCGCGACGACUUCCCCGCGCCGCCCUACCCGUACUCCGACCCCGAGCGCCGCCGCCGCUGGUCGGACUCGUACCGCGGCCUGGACAGCGACGAGGACGCGCCCCCCGCCGCCGCCGCCAACGGCCCUCACAGCCGCGAGCUGCAGGAGCUCGCCAAGAUAGAGAGCGGCAUCGCGCAGGUCUUCCUCAAGGAGGUCCAGGAGCGCGACAAACUUGAACAGUGGAAGAAGCAAAAUCUCGAUCCUAGAAAUGCCAGCAGGACGCCGAGCGCUGCGCGGGAGGCGGGCGCGCGGCUGCGCUAUUCGUCGCCGCUGGGCGCCUCGCCCUCGCGCUCGCUCGAUCACGCGCGCGCGCCCGACGCCGCGCCCCUGCACCUGCCCUCCUACAACGCGGGCGCCGGCGCGCGCGGCGCGCGCUCCAGCACGCUGCCCGCCGCCCUGCGCCACUGCAACCGGGCGAGUGUUGCAGUGGUGUCGUCGCUGCGCGCGGCGCCGCGCCCCGGCUACGGGCUCGCCGCGCGCUCGCACACCUUCUCCUCCAGCACCGCGGGCGACUUCACGUUCAGCGGCCUCUGCGACAAGACGCACAGCACCGACUUCAGCAGCGGCAAGUCAGACAUUUCUGCCGGCUCUAUCACAGACGUGGAUAGAAGUGCUGUGACCACAGACGGAGGCGUGGUAGUGCGCGGCGGCGGCGUAGUGUCGGCGGCGGCGGGCGUGGGCGUGGGCGCGGGCGUGGGCGUGGGUGGCGUGGGCGUGGGCGCGCGCGGCGGCGGCGUGCGGCGCUCACUGCCCAACAUGGCCACGUCGCACCUGCUGCACGAGCCCGCCAAGCUAUACCCCUACCACCUGCUGCUCAUCACCAACUACCGCCUGCCGCCCGACGUCGACCGCCUCAACCUAGAGCGCCACCUGUCGGACGCGGAGUUCGAGGCCAUCCUGCAGGUCGGGCGCCAGGACUUCUACCGCCUGCCGCAGUGGCGCCGCAACGAGCUCAAGCGCCGCGCGCGCCUCUUC